AAAUCCAAACUUUGACUCAAAAUUUUGAAGAUACUGUAUAUGGAAUUUAUUCCUUCUUUCGCCGUCCUCGGCCAUGGACCUUCCCGUCACCAACUUAACUACCAUAAAACCCAUAUUUCAUUUGGCUCUGACCAUUUUGUAACAUCUCAUAAUCAUUAAGAAGAAAAUACUUGCAAAUGGGCUUCGUUAGACCUGUUUGCAUGAUACUCUUUUCUCUUUUGAUAUCAUUCCUUCUUUCGCCGUCUUCGGCCAUGGACCUUCCCGUCACAACCGGCGGUAUCCCGCGACGGAGCAACGAGGAGGUUGGGUUUAUCUUCCAAACGUGGAUGUCGAAGCACGGGAAGACUUAUACAAAUGCUCUCGGAGAUAAGGAACGGCGUUUUCAAAACUUCAAGGACAACCUCCGUUUCAUUGACCAGCACAAUGCUAAGAACCUCUCUUACCGUCUUGGUUUGACUCAGUUUGCUGACCUAACCGUCCAAGAGUACCAAGACCUAUUCCCUGGACGCCCUAUACAGAAACAAAGGCCCCUCAGAAUUAGUCGUAGGUAUGUACCACUCGCCGGAGAUCAGCUUCCUGAGUCAGUUGACUGGAGGCAACAAGGUGCAGUGUCGGAGAUUAAAGACCAAGGCAACUGCAAUAGCUGCUGGGCAUUCUCAACUGUGGCAGCAGUGGAGGGUAUAAACAAGAACGUGACAGGAGAGUUAAUAUCAUUGUCCGAGCAAGAAUUGGUCGACUGCAACGUGGACAACCACGGUUGUAAUGGAGGCGGCCUAAUGGACAAAGCUUUCCAGUUCCUUAUCAAUAACAAUGGUCUUGAUUCAGAAAUAGAUUAUCCAUACCAGGCCGUUCAAGGCUACUGUACCCGCAGAGAGUCUACAUCAAACAAGAUCAUCACUAUUGAUAGCUACGAGGAUGUGCCAGCAAAUGACGAGAUUUCCCUAAAAAAGGCGGUUGCUCACCAGCCUGUGAGUGUUGGAGUUGACAAAAAAUCCCAAGAAUUUAUGCUCUACAAAUCGGGUAUAUUUACUGGACCAUGCGGGACAGAUCUUGACCAUGCAGUUGUUAUCGUCGGGUAUGGUAGUGAGAAUGGUCAAGACUAUUGGAUCGUGAGAAACUCGUGGGGUACGGUGUGGGGAGAGGCUGGCUACGCUAAGAUUGCUCGUAACUUUGUAAAUCCAACAGGUCUAUGUGGGAUUGCGAUGGUUGCUUCAUACCCUGUCAAGAAUUCGACUUCCUAAGCAUGAGAUUAAGUAACCAUGUGUACGUUUGAGUAUGUCUAAUG